AUGGAGCCGUCAUCUCUGCCCACUGUCUUGGGUGCAAAGCCGGUGGAAGACAUUGACUUCACAUCCGCAAAGAAACUGAAAGAAAAGCUGGACCAGAAGAUUGAUUCCUUCACAUCACAUGAGACUGUCAACACAACACAGGAGAAAAGUGCACAUGAGAGUAAUCUGACAUCUCAGGACAAGGUUACAGCACUACAGAACAACACCCCAACUGCUCAGGACAAGGUUACAGUACCACAGAACAAUACCCCAACUGCUCAGGAGAUUAAAGAACUGUAUAGUAAGCUCAAUAAGUGCAAAGUUAAGGUAGUGGCACUAAGUUUGAUUCAGCCAUAUGCAGAUGAGUUUGUCAUGUCAAGCCGGGACAUUCCUGUUGUGUCAGAGUUGUUUGAUCCAGAUAAUCUGGACCUCCAAUAUCAUGAACUCCUGCCCAAAUGUUUAGAGGUUAAUAUUGACUUGUCAGAGAGCCAGAUAAACACUAUUGAAAAAGACACGAGGACACAAGCAAAAGGUCCUGGCUUUUUCCGCCAUAGAGCUGGGAGAAUUGGAGCUUCUGUGAGUGGGGCUGUUUACCAUAGCAACCUUGCACAGCCUCCUCAGUCAAUCCUGAAGUCUAUUUGCUACCCACAUUUGUACAAGGUUAACACAAAGGCCACACGUCAUGGUUGUGAUCAGGAAGAAGCUGCCAUAAAAGCCUAUGAGACAUACAUGAAUGGUAAACAUGUCAACUUCCAGAUAAAGAAGUGUGGUGUAUUCAUAUCUAAAGAACACCCUUACCUGCAUGCUACACCUGACUUUCUCGUGUCAUGUGAUUGCUGUGGGAUUGGGUGUGGGGAGGUAAAAUGUCCAAUCUCUGUCCCUGAUUGUGAUUUUGACCAGUAUGUGAAGAACAAAAGUGCAUUUCUGGAGAAGGUUGAUGGGGUGUUCAAGUUGAAAAAAACCCACAACUACUAUCAUCAAGUCCAGCAACAGCUAUUUGUUCUGUCAGAGAGGAAGUACUGUGAUUUUGUAGUCUGUGUUUGGGAUAAGAAUAGAAAUGCCCAUAUAGUAAGUAACAGGAUUAAGCCUGACACAGAACACUCAAACAUGGUUCUCUUCAAGUUACAAGCCUUCUGGAGAAUUUGUAUUUUACCAGAGAUGCUUGGCCGCUGGUACACCAGGAAAUGUGAUGUGCCAGUGAAGGUCCCUGACUCAAAUGCUAUGUGCUUCUGUCGGGGACAGAUGGGUAUAGAUGAUGUAUCAUGUAGUAACCCUGAGUGUCCGUAUGGUCAGUUCCAUCGGACUUGUUUAGGAAUAGAUGGGGUUUCCUUGAGAAAGACCUGGUAUUGCCCACACUGUAGCCGGCUACCAGAGUUAAGGCAGGCAGGCAGAAAAUCAAAAAAGAAGGAGUCAGGCCCAUCACCAGUUAGCCAGGCUGCUCUGCUAUGCAACACUAUAUGCCUAUGUAAAGCCAAACCAGCUCUGGGAGAGAAACUCCUUGAAUGCCAUAAUGUUGAGUGUAAGCAGGGAAGGUAUUUCCACCUUAGUUGUCUGGGAAUGAAGAGACUUCCCAACAAUGCUAAAACAACAUGGCAGUGCAAAUCAUGUAAGCAGAGAAUAACUGCACCCAAAACUUCCAAAGGGAAGCUAGCAAAGCCUGUAAGUGUUGUAUCUGUCAGUGACACAAGUAGUGACGAAUAUGAUGAUGUUGUCAUUACGAAUGAGACAUCUGCGCCACUAGAUAAGUACUGUACUCUGUCAAACCUGGGUGAGUCAGAUUACGACAUUGUAAGAGACCCUAAUGGCUGGCUUACGGUACCGCCUUCCUGCUAG